AUGUCCACAUUUAAUCCGGAUCAACUUGAUUAUGUGAAUCCCAAUUCUGAGCGCAGAGUUUGUUUGAUUACAGGAGGAAACAGUGGGAUCGGAUUCUAUACUGUUCUACAUUUAUAUUUACAUGGAUACACCGUGUACCUUGCCGGAAGGAACAAAUUGAGAGUAACAACGGCCAUCAGUGCCAUAGAAAAAGAGGCAUUAGAAAGAAGAUCUAAAUAUUCUACAGCACAGUUAAAUGCAAGACAUCUAGGAAGUUUGCAUCAUCUUUCAUUAGACUUGCUUUCACUAGAUUCCGUCGAAGCGGCCACUAAGGAGUUCAAACAGUUAGAGAAAGCUUUACAUCUAUUAAUAUUGAAUGCUGGAAUAAUGGCAGUACCAUACGAGAAAACGAAAGACGGAUUUGAAAUUCAAUUACAAACAAGUUACGUUUCUCAUUUCCUCUUAACUGAUAGAUUGAUUGAUCUAAUGACUUCCGAAGAAAGUGAUCAACAAGUUAGAAAUGGUGUCUUGGGGGAUCCAGCUUCAGUGAAAAAUAGAACCGGGUCUAUUAUUCGUGAUCCUAGAAUAAUUUUUCUUUCGUCAAUUGGUCAUUGGUUUGCUUUUUUCCCCUUCAAGCUCGACUGGCAGUACAACUAUUGGCCAAAUAUGAUUUUCACUUUAUUCAGAUAUGGAAUGGCAAAAUGUGCUGGCAUUCAAUUCAUGAAAUCUUUGGCUAUUCGUCAUCCUUCGGUUCUCUCUGUUUCUGUGCACCCAGGAAUUGUCUUGAAUACCAAUCUAUUUACCCAUCUGACCACGCUUCCCCUGAUCGGUACUAUUUAUUGGAUUUUAUUCAAGCUAUUUGAAUUGGUUAUUGGUAUCAGCAAUGAAGAAGGAUCAUAUUCGUCUGUUUACUGUGCUUUAUCUUCUAAUGUUAACCGGGAUAAAGACAACGGUAAGUUUUACACGACAUUUGGUGUUGAAAGCAAUCCAAGUUACAUCGCUAACAAUCCAUCACUUAUUGAUAAAUCUUGGGCUUGGACGGUUCACCAACUCGAUUCCAGAGGUCAUAAAAUUGAUUCUUUGUGA